UCAGUGUGUGGCACCUCCAUGCAGUCAGUCUGGAGUGUGCAGCUCCAGGAUCAGACUCUCCUCAGCCGCUGAUGCGGAGUUGCAGCGAUGGAAGAUGCGCAGGAUGAGAGCUGGUGUUAAUGUGCGCCACACCGCAUCCGGCUGUCCAUGUGCGGACAGCCUGUAUCCGAUAUGAGCUCGGACUGUGAAAGUUACUACAGCAAAGAAAACGUGUUCGUGGAGGGAUUCAGGUGUCCGAAAGCGGACAGUGACACCACGGCACUUUUCUGCUGCGGGUUCAGUGACCUGAAGUACUGCUGUGAUGACCCCAACAGCUUUUUCCCAUACGAAUAUGGAUACAUGUGGUGGUUAAGUCUCGGAGCUCUUGUGGGUCUCUCUGUAGCAGCCGUGGUUCUUCUUGCCUUCAUCGUCACACUCUGUGUCCUCUGCUAUCUGUUCAUCACCACCAAACCCAGAGGUCUGGACAAUGGGCUGCCGCUCCGAGCACCAGGUUCUGCAUCAAGUCCACAGGGAGCAGAACCGAGUCACAGCACCGCCCCCGCUGGUCCUCAAGGCCUCAGGAAGCACUUCCUGAGGGGCAAGCUGGACUGUGACAACCAGCCCCCAGAUCCUGACCGCCUUUUCCAGCGUUGUUUCAUGGCUACUGUGACAUCUAUCAACGUCGAGGGUCCUUCAUAGACUGGUGGACCGUUUGACUUUUUGUUUGUGUAUCAACAAACAAAUAUUUUUAUGGUGAUGAAUCAUAAGUCCUUAAAGAAGGAUGUUUACUGACUAUUUGCAAACAGAUCAUUUCAUGGUUUUAAUUGGCUUUGGAUGGAUGAGACCUGACCUGAGUUGCGGUACAUUUAUUAGAGCUCAUUUCCUUUGAAAUGUCCCUCAAGUCCAGAGGUUGUUAAGACUUGCUGGUCAUGCAUUUUAUGUGUCUGAAGGACUGAAAACAACAUGCAGAAUUCAUCACUUGUUUUCAAAAGUAGAUCCUUUGAGAAAUGAUCUCAAAGCACUCUCUGAAUGAUGAUUAACUGUUUGACAUUAUGGACUCAAGACAUGUUUCUGUUAAACCUGAGAGACAACAACUUUGUGGAGAGUCUGUGCCUAAACUGUGCUGUGUUCUCCAUUUAUCUGUGCCUGUUCUGGUCUCUUCUUGUUUAAUGUGCUGGCUCCGAACUUUUACAGUGUGUCUCCUUCAACAAGGUCAGAAUGCAGCAGCUAUUGUAGGCUUCUUACUGUUUUUAAAAGACAACAUCACAUCACCCCAAUCCUGGCUUCUCUCCAUUGAUCACUUUGAAAGCUGUAUAGCAGAAUUGUUUUAAAUGUAAUUUUACAAUGUCAGAUGUUCUUGUUAAACAUAGCCAAAGUUUCAAAUUGUAAACGUAUGUAAAAGAAACCCCUGUGAGCAAAAACCUCAGGAUUCAAACCAUUCUGAAUAUUCUUGUUUCCAACAUUGGUCCACGUGGUUUCUUUCUAUGGUCAUCUGCUCUAGGCACACCACUGCAAGUGUUUACAUAACAUACAUUGCUACACGUAGCUACAUGCUAACAUCAGGGAAACUUGGUUGCUCAUGUUGUUAAUUUCUCCUUGAUUUCAGGUCAUAUUCCUGCCAGAACAUGUCUGGUUGUCACGGGUAUGAUAAGAACCCAGUUGAACAGAAGGAUGUUUUGUAAUAGGCUUUGAUGAAACCACUUGUCAAACACAGAGUGAGCAGAGUGAGCAGGUGAAACAACAGUUUGAGUCUGUGUCGUGUUGAGCCUUCCAAGACACGGGUGCACUUGGUGUGACACGCUGAAGCCGAGAGCAGGUGAGUCAGUGGGGUCUGCUGAAAGCACGCUAACAGCAAACAGUUCCAACGUGUGCAGUGGGACUGUGAGGGAGCAGACGGGAGACGAUGUUGGAUGAGAAGGAAAUCCAAAACCAAGGGUACUCACAGGAGAAGCUGCCACACCAGUGUGAAGCCAGCUGUCGGCAGGGAGAGACCUGUCAGUGGCAAUGAGUGGAAUCUACAACGCACACGCAAAGGUGGUCCACAACACAAAAGUCCACAGGUGGAUGAACAGGUAAACUCACUAUGGAGAGCUGGGCGAACAGAAAUCAGUAAGGCAAAAGCAGAGCUCUUGAUCUGGGACAGAGGGCUGAGUGGUUUACCAGGGAGUAGAUGAAGCAGGAGAGUCAGACAGGCAAGGUUGACAUCAAGGAAGUAGUCUGGGAGCAAACGCUAGAAAGUCCUGCAUUGAAUGACAAAGAACAAUCUAGCAAAGAGAGUCUGUGGUGGAUCAGCAGGAGUGGGAGAUCUGUGGACAGGUGAAGAGGUGGGGUUAGUAAAAAACUACUGAGUGAGCUGAGAAGAUGGCGUUUAUGGCAGGUGUGAAGUGCCCACAGUUUCAAAGCUUUUAUUGGUGAUAUUUCACAGCAGAAAGUGGCUAUUCUCUGUUACAGUCAUUCCCCGGUUGCAGAGUGGAAGACCUGGAGACACUGACCAAUCAGAGCAGACUGGGCUUUUUGUGAGGGGAACUUAAACAGACAGGUGCUAAAAUGGGGCGUUUCAGACAGAGGGUGAAUACAGGUGUUCAAGCACAGACUAUGAGGAAAAUAAAAUGUUU